AUGGUGGAUACUGAAUACUGUAUUUGUGUCCAUUACCCGAACAUAGCAGAGAGAGGCACCUGGACAAAUUCAACAUGUACGAAAAUAUGUAUGGGAAGAUUUGUUCUGUUUGUUUUGAACAACCCAGAUUAUUUAACAAUAUGUGAAUUAGAGAUAUUUGGUGAUAUAUACAAUGGCUGUUCAACACAGUACUUACCUGAAAUUAAUAUAAAGAAAGUGGUAGGUAAACGUUCCAGUUCACCAAAUUGUCCACCCUUACCAUAUGAAGUAACCAAUGUAUAUGAGUGUAUCCAUCAAUGUUUACAGAUGAACAACUGUAUCAGUUUUAAUUAUGGUCCUAAUUUAAUCAACACUGUUAAUUGUCAAUUAGUGAGAUGUUUUUCACACCCACAACAAGACUUUACUGUAGAUAGUGAUUGGAACUGGCGAUAUUUGUCACGUUAA